CCCUCGGCCCUCGUUCGACCUGCCAAUAGUAAACGAUCCGUGCUUGCCCGACGGCGGAAACCCCUUCAACAACUCUCACCUUCAGCACGAGCCACGCACCGCGAUGAAACUCACACCAGGCCUGCGGUACAUAGGCCAGCUGCUCGUCGCUGUGGUUGCACCUUCAGCGGCGCUCGUCCUCCUCGCGUACCGGUUUGGCGCGCUCAGCAUCCUCCCCGUCUGGCAGACCUCCGCCCUUCUCGCAGCCGCACCGCCACUGGCUUUCUUCUUCAAGGUCUCGUACGACAGGUUCUCGCAGCGGCGCAGGGCAGACGCGCUCGGGGCGCGCCUUUUGCCGUGCGUGAAGGGGAAGUGGCCUGGGAAUGUGGAUAUCAUGAGGACGUUCAUGAGCCAAGUCGAGACGGACUAUAUGGGUAACUAUCCUCUGGAGGUGAGCAAGGAUCUCGGAGCGAUAUUCAACCUGCACUUUUUGUGGGACGACGUCGUCAUGACCCACGAACCCAGUCAUGUCAAGACAAUAUUGGCAACCGACUUCAACAACUGGGUAAAGGGCGAGCAGCUCGACAACUCACUCCGAUCGCUGUUGGGUACUGGCGUGUUCAACUCUGACGGAGACUUGUGGAAGCUCCACCGUUCGAUGACGCGCCCCUUCUUCACCCACGACCGCAUCGGCCACUUCGACAUAUUCGACACACACGCCGACACUGCCAUCCGCGCCGCCAAAGACCGGCUGCGCUCAGGCCGCCCCAUCGACUUCCAAGACCUCAUCUCGCGCUUCACGCUCGACUCCGCGACCGAGUUCCUCUUCGCCAACUGCUCGCACACGCUCCACACGCCCCUGCCCUACCCGUUCAACGCGCAGCUCACGAUCGAGGAACAGGUCGCGCGUAAGGAGGGACGUAAGACUGAGAGGUUUGCGGAGGCGUUCGGGCAGGCGCAGCUCGCGGUGGCGAAGAGGCAGGGUUUGGGCGGGGUGUGGCCGCUGUUCGAGACGCUGGAGGAUAGGACGGAAAAGCCGAUGGGGAUCGUGUUUGAGUUCUUGGAGCCGAUUGUAGAGGAGGCGAUCAGGAAACGCGAGGAGGAGGCCUGUGGGACGAGUAAGCUCGGAGAGGCGGAGAAGAUGGAGGUGCAAGAGGGGGAUACGUUGUUGGAUCAUUUGGUCAGGCUUACUACUGAUCGGGUCGUGCUCAGAGACGAGGUUCUGAACAUCAUGCUUGCUGGGAGAGAUACCACCGCUUCCACUCUUACGUCUACCAUCUACUUCAUGGCGAUGUACCCACACGUCAUGGACCGCCUGCGUGAGGAGGUUCUGACCAAAGUUGGCCCAUCCCGUCGUCCCACUUACGACGACAUCCGUGACAUGAAAUACCUUCGGGCCGUGCUCAACGAGACGCUCAGACUGUUCCCUCCAGUGCCAUUCAACAUUCGCCAAACUACCAAGGACACGACUCUCCCCUCACCAGAGCCCGAUCAAAAACCCGUCUUCAUCCCCCGUGACACGGCGGUCAUCUACUCCGUCAUGAUGAUGCACCGCCGCAAGGACCUGUGGGGACCUGACGCCGACGAAUACGACCCAGACCGCUUCAUCGACGAGCGCCUGCACAAGUACAUUGUGCCAAACCCGUUCAUCUUCCUCCCGUUCAAUGCCGGCCCGCGGAUCUGUCUUGGCCAGCAGUUCGCCUACAACGAAAUGUCGUUCAUGCUCAUCCGCCUCCUGCAAAACUUCUCGCGCAUCGAGCUCGCGCCCGAAGCGCUGCACCCGGAUGCCCAUCCUCCCGAGCACUGGAAGAGCAGUCCAGGUCGCGCGCCAAUCGAACGGUUCCAUCCGCGGUCGCAUUUGACACUAUAUGCCAAGGGAGGGAUGUGGGUGCGGAUGACGGAAGCCGAGCAGGUUUGAGGGCGUGGACACCAUAUGCUCUUGUUGGUUAAGUUAUUCUAUACUAAGUUGUAGUACGAUACGUGUAUUCCUUUAGUUGUAGCAAUUGAACCCCCC